AAAUUUGCACAAAACCGAACCCCCCAUCCUCCAUUUCCAAGCUUUUCUUACCCCACUUUCCUGCAUACCCAUCUUCCAAAAUCAAGUUUUUCACUCAAAGAUUCAAGAAAUUACAGAAAUGAAAUUCUUUGUCUUCAGCUUCUUCUUUCUCCUCCAUUAUCUCUCGUCCGGCCCCAAGCGGAGAAUCACCGGAGAACCCAGACCCAGAGGAAACCAGAGACAAUUUGAUGGAUUCUUUGGUGGUUUCUCACAGAACCCUUCUCUAAACCAGAAAAUAAAGGAAGAAGAGGAGGAGAAAAGGGGAGGAGGAGGGAGGAGAGAAAGUGGCAAAUCAGCCUCCCAAGUGAAACCAGACGCAAAUAAAGCCCCUUGCCGCCUGCAACCGCCUAGGCCCGAGCCAUCAUGCCCCUACCGCACCAGCCUUCCUCUGCACCGAAUCAGCUUCCUCUCCUUUCUGCACCGCGCCAGCCUUCCCCUGCUCCAGAUCCUUUCGCCUUUGCGCCUAGAUCCCCCCUCUACUGCCCUGCUGCACCCCAGCCUGCACUCUACCGUGCCCCCUAGCUCCUGUGGCCAGCCUUUCUUCCUGCACCAGCCUUGCUCUGCACCAGUUCCUGCGCUCUGCACAAGAUCCCCUUGCUCUGCACCAGAUUGCCUGCACUCUGCUAUGCCUGUGCCCUUGCUGCUGUGCCCUGCUGCGCCACUGCUUGCCCUGCUGCACCCCAGCCUGCACUCUGCCGCGCCUCCUGCACUCUGCCGCGCCUCCUGCACUCUAUGCCCCACUGCCGGCAAUGAUGCCCCUGCACGCCCGAGCCAUCAUCAGCACUCCACGCCCCUGCCUCCCUGCACACCGCGCCUCACCCCCAAUCCCGCGGCUCUGCACUCUGCUUGCUACAGCCCCAUCAUUGCCUCACAUGCAGAAAAGACAACAAAUAACGGACAAAUGAGCAUCCUCAGAGAAAUUUUUUUUUAAUGUUAUUUGUGUAUAUAUAUAGAGCAAAAAGUAGGUCUGGAGGGGGGUCUGUGGUUGAGGAAGUUUGGAGUUUGAUUUUGAGGUGGUGAUGGUUGGUUGAUUUUGGGUCUCUUUGUUGAGGAGUUUCGUCUGAGUUUUUGAGAGCAAUAGAAGGGGAUUUACUGGAGAAGAAAGGGGGCAACAACGGUGGUUGAGAGGAAGGAUCACCGAGCUUCCGAAGGAGCUUCAUUUUCUGGUUUCAUUCUCUGGGUUUCAUUGCCUUAGGUAAUUUCUGAACAGAGGAAUUUUUGGGAAGAGCCGUGAGGGAGAAGAAGGGAGGUGGGAUCCCUCCCUUCGGAUCUCAUUCUGCUUUUUUCCAGAAAUUUCACCUUGUUUGAUUCUGAUUCUCAUAAAGUUUUGCUUUAUUAAAACUGUACUAGAUGAUGAUACUGUGAAUGAAAUCAAGCAUGUUUGUUGAA